AAUACAAGCUUCUUGUCAAGCUCUUUGCAACAAGGAAGUCUGUAGAAGUCUGUGGAUUGAUUAAUGAAAUCAAUUUAUAUUGCAGGUUGAACAGCUUGGUGUAUCACUAUUUCUGGAGGAGAUUUUUAUAUCAAAUAUAGAGUUAUGGCAGAGGACAUGGAAGUGUGUCAUACUACAGAUGUUGGUAUUAUUAUCACUGGAGGAGCCUAUAAAUGGUAUGGCCAUGGUAUAUUAAACAGGGAUGAGUAUAUCAACACAAUAAAAGAGGCAGCCAAAGCAGGUUAUCGUAUAUUGAAGAAUGGUGGCACUGCUGUUGAAGCUGUUGAAAAGUCUGUUAGUAUUUUAGAGGAUUGUGAGUUAUUCAACGCAGGUCGUGGAUCGAUAUUGACCGCCAAAGGGGAAGUUGAAUGUGAUGCUAUGAUUAUGAAAGGACACAACUUAGAAACAGGUGCAGUAAUCUCGGGUCAACAUUUCAAAAAUCCAAUUAUGCUUUCACGAAAAAUUAUGGAAGAAUCACCACAUUGUGCACUUAGUAGUGAUGGUGCGUUGGAUUUUGCUAAGAGGAUUAAUUUUCCAUAUUGUGAACCCAAGGAAUUAAUAACAAAAGAGCAGUAUGACAAUUGGAAGCUUCAAGAUGACGAAGAACAUUUUACUGAUAGCGAUACUGCAUGUGCUGUUGCAAUUGACAAAAAUGGCAACUUGGCAUGUGCCUUAUCAACAGGAGGUAUAGGCGGGAAAUACAAAGGUCGUGUUGGUGAUGCUGCAUUAGUUGGUUGUGGUGGAUAUGCAAAUAAAAAAGGAGCAGCUGUAACAUUUGGUCGUGGAGAGAAGUUGAUAAAAUUAACUCUAGCACGUCAAGUUGUCUUUGAAAUGGAAAAUGGAAAAAGUGCACAGGAAGCGACAGACAAAGCCAUAACGUUACUGAGAGAUGAACAAGAAGGAUUAGGAGGAGCCGUCGCGAUUGACAAAAAUGGAAAUUUUGGAAAAGCAUUUUCUACUAACCUCAUGUCUUGGGUUGACAUCCAAGAUAAUAGGUUGAUGGGUGAAUUUAAUAAAAAUGAUGGCGAAGAAAAUUUGGAGAUUGACGAAAGAAUUUGAAUUGUUGAACAACAACGGCCAUUUUUUAUGAUUUAGAAACAUAUAUCCUUAAUAUAUAUAUACAAUAUCAUGUACACGUAAAAAAUUAUCUCACAAGUGUUUUUAUAGUAGUUGGCCAUAUCAUGUUUUCCUUCAUUGCUAAAUUUGAACAUUUCAAACUUACAAUGCACUUUAAUUUAUUAACACGAUAAAAUAUAAUCCCAUGGUGUUCAGGAGGCUUACUGAAAAAUAUAGAUGUUAUACUUUUUAAUUCAAAAAAAUUGGUAAAAUUCUA